ACGCGCAAAUGCAAGUCUUCUUUUUUCAUUUUCAUUUUUAUCAUCUCUCCUUUCUCCUACUAUUCCUCCUUCCUCUUUCUACAUCCCAACCAAAACCCUAACUUCCCUUCCCUUCCCUUCUCUUCUCUUUCACCAUGCUCUCCACUUGCUACUGACACUUUCACGCUUUCACACUUCCCCCCGCUCGAUUCUUUAGGGUUUUGGUUCCCUCUGUAAAUAUGGAGAGAUCGGAUGGCAAAGAUUUCCACCUCUUCGCUCACUCCUCCUCCUCCACCGGUAAUGCACUCUUUGAUGCAUCACAAUAUGAAUUCUUUGGUCAAAAUGUUGGGGAAGAAUUGGAAUUGGGGGGACUGGAAGAUGAUCGAAAUGACGCUCCUGUGUUUGGAUCCGUUGACGAUGAGUACCAUUUGUUUGAUAAAGUAGAAGGUUUUGGAGCUAUACCCGAUGUGGAUGAUAUGACUACUACUUUUGCAAAGUUGAACAGAGUUGUCACAGGACCACGAAAUCCAGGUGUAAUUGGUGACAGAUCAGGAUCGUUUUCGAGGGAAACCCUAUCUGACAGCAAGUUCGCUUCAGGUUCAUCUGCUACCGACUGGGCACAAGAUGGAGAAUUUGGGAGCUGGUUUGAUCAGCAAAUGUUUGAUGCUGAAAACUCUGAAGACGGAAAGAGAUGGUCAUCACAACCACAACCUUCUUCUGCUCGUUUUCCAGAAUCAGAAUCAAAACCCCUGUACAGAACAUCCUCUUAUCCCCAGGAGCAACCACUGCAUCACUUCUCUAGUGAACCAAUUCUUGUGCCCAAAUCAAGUUUCACGUCAUUUCCUCCUCCUGGUAGCAGAUCGCAGCAGGCUUCACCACGUCAUCUGAAUAUUCCUUCUGCUGGUGGACCUCAGUCACCCUUUUCUGCACCGAACCUCUCUCCUGUAUCCAACUCUAAUCUUCGUCGGGCUGGCUUAUCUCAUGGGCUGCAUUAUGGUGGCAAUUUGUCUCAGUUAACAUCUCCUGGCAUUUCUCUUACUAACCGACCACAAAAUCACUGGGUUAGUCAUGCUGGCUUAUUACAUGGGGAUCACUCUAGCUUCUUACACAACAUAUUGCAGCAACAGUUACCGUACCAAAAUGGCCUGAUGUCUCCGCAAUUAGUGUCAGCACAGCAGCAGCUACAACAGCAGAGAUUGCAUCAUCAAGUUCAACCGUCUUUGGCCCACUUUGCAGCUUUGCAAUCACAACUAUACAGUUCACAUCCUUCUUCACACAAAUUGAUGCAUGGAUUGUCUGAUAUUAGGGAGCAAAAACCAAAGCCAUCUCAGAGAGGCAGACAUGGCAUGCGCUAUUCCCAAGGCUCUGAGAAUAGUAGCCAGAAGAGUGAUAGUGGGUGGGUACAAUUCAGGUCCAAGUAUAUGACAGCUGAAGAGAUAGAGAGUAUACUUAAAAUGCAGCAUGUGGCAACACAUAGCAGUGAUCCGUACAUAGAUGAUUAUUACCACCAAGCUCGCCUUGCAAAAAAAUCUUCUGGAUCGAGGGUGAAAAAUCAUUUUUUCCCUUCACACCUGAAGGAGCUACCGUCUCGAAACCGCAACAGUGUGGAACAUCACCUUCAUGUUGAUGCUUAUGGGAGAAUUCCCCUAUCUUCUAUACGUAGGCCUCGUCCUCUCCUUGAUGUUGAUCCUCCAUCUGGUCUUGGUGAUGGAACUACUGAACAAAAAGCCUCUGAGAAGCCUCUGGAACAGGAGCCAAUGCUGGCAGCUAGAGUCACCAUUGAAGAUGGUCUUUGUCUUCUUCUUGAUAUUGAUGAUAUUGACCGGCUCCUACAGUUUAGUCAGCAUCAGGAUGGUGGGGCUCAGCUCAAACAGAAGCGCCAGAUGCUGCUAGAGGGAUUGGCAGCUUCACUUCAGCUUGUUGAUCCACUUGGGAAAAGUGGCCAGACAGUUGGGCUAGCCAUGAAGGAUGACAUUGUGUUUCUAAGGUUGGUCUCUCUUGCUAAAGGUCGAAAGCUUUUCAUCAAAUUUCUUCAGCUUCUAAUCCCUGGCAGUGAACUCACCCGAAUUGUCUGUAUGGCUAUUUUCCGUCAUUUGAGGUUUUUGUUUGGUGGCCUUCCCUCUGAUCCAGCUGCAGCUCAGACAACUACUAAUCUUGCAAAGACAGUUUGUGUAUGUGUUAAUGGCAUGGAUCUUCGUGCACUCAGUGCUUGUCUUAUUGCUGUUGUUUGUUCCUCAGAGCAGCCACCGCUCCGCCCACUUGGUAGCUCUGCCGGGGAUUGUGCCACCCUUAUUUUAAUAUCAGUUCUUGAAAGAGCAAGUGAACUGCUAGCCCAUGCUGCUGGUAGCAUGCGUAACCUUGACCUAUGGCAUGCUUCAUUUGACAAUUUUUUUGAUCUUCUUACCAAGUAUUGCAUGAGUAAGUAUGAAACUAUAAAGCAAUCCCAGUCAAGCACUGAAAACAAUUCAGAGGCAAUAAAGCGGGAAAUGCCCAGGGAGCUUCUUCGUGCUAGUCUUCCGCACACUAACGAGGAACAGCUGAAUUCUUUAAGAAAUUUUGCCAACCAAUGCGAGUCCAAUGCAGGGUCCAUUGCCUAUGCUGGUCGUGGUGGCCAAAUAAUCUCUGAGUCAGUGCGGGGUUAAUGGAGAAUUAGAUGACAAUGUGUUUUGCAAAAUAUCAAUGCGAUGGCUGCAAAAUUCUCUUGGAUGCAUUGAGGAAAUGAAUCUGCAUAGAAACAGAAUAUGAAGCGUGUACCCGGAAAGUAAGGGUUGUGCAUUUAAUUAGGGAGUCUGUUUUAUGGGUUUAGCAUUCUCUGUUUUAAUUUCGUUAAAUGCUCAUCUUGAAUUUAUGAUGCAUAAAAUAUGUAUUAUGAUGGAAAUGAUGGUGGAUGGAGUUAGUGACUGGAAGUUUUAAUCUUCUGGGGAGCUUUAUUUUGGUGCUCUGUGUUGAAACUCCGGACAGAACUGGAAGGAAUAGGGGGAUAGAAUGUACAGGUGGUGGUUUCACAAAAACUUUCAAAACUCACUUUUGUUCCAUACUCUCUUCAUUUCGAAAGACAUCUCUGUGAUUAUGCUUCUCUAGUAUUUGUAUUUGUUGGGGACAAGCCAAAGGAGCUCCUCUGAUUUCUUAAAAACCUGUAUUAACACCCCGCCCCCCACCCAAAUAAUAAAAAAAAAAAAAAAAAAA